UCAAUCCUUGGAGCUCCCCACUUUCUCUCUUCCCCCACUCUCUCUCUAGACUCUCUGUACUGCUCAACAAUGGCACUUCGAAGAACGCUAUCAAAGCGCCUAUUCAACAAAUCCACAGACCCCAUCUCCACUAAUCAUUCACAGUUCCAAACACCUCCAACGGCGUCCAAAGCAAACUUCCACCGCGAAUUCCUAACCUCGCCGGGCUCCGCCGACGCUGGAUUCCUCCACCAGUUCCUCCACCGCCGUUCGAUUAACCAUCCCGAUUUCUUCCCCUUUCCGAUCGGUGAAAGUCUAAAGGAGAAACAUGGAUCGACCGAAAAUCUGAAGGAGAAACAGAGACUGAUAAAUUUAACCGCCGGAGGGGAUCGGCUGCGGCUGGACGGGCUGGUGCCUCCAGCGGCGGAGGUUUCGGAGUCAUUGGGCGGAAUCACGGUCGAGGAAGCGAGGAAAAUCGCGAGGAGUACGCAGUUGGAGAAGGUCAGAUCGGCGUUGAGGAGGAUUCCAGCGAACUCGAUUUCGUACGGCGAGUAUGUCCAGGCGUGCGUUGAGGUUUGUUUGAAUCGUGAUCAAGGCGUGGAGUUCGCCAAGAUGUUGGACCAGUCUGGAAACGUCAUCGUUCUGGGCAACGUAGUGUUCCUUCGGCCGGAGCAGGUGGCAAAAACAAUGGAGAAGGUAAUUUCCAGUUCCAUAGCCAUCCCAAACGACCCAAGAAGGAAAGAGCUCGAAAAGCUGGAGAAGCAAAAGGCAGCCAUCGACAAGAAAGCCCAACAGCAAGUCCAGACGGAGCUCUUGGGUGGGUUGGGCUUUGUAGUCUUACAAACACUGGGCUUCAUGAGGCUCACUUUCUGGGAACUGAGUUGGGACGUGAUGGAGCCCAUCUGCUUCUUCGUCACGUCGCUGUCGUUUCCCUUGGCCUGCGGGUUCUUCCUCAGGACGUCGAAAGAGCCCACUUUCGAAGGGUUCUUCCGACGUCGCUUCAAGGUGAAGCAAAAGAAGCUUAUGGAAACUCAUCAAUUUGAUUCGGAAAAGUACAACGAGCUUUGCAGGGCUUUCUAUCCGAACUACGACUGCGACGUUAGAAAAUACGCGGAUUUUUCGGGUUUGGAUUUUGGCGGAGGAUCGGUUUUUGGUGCUGUGCAUCGGUAGAAAAUAAAAACGUAGAGUGAGAAUUCCGAGAUGGAUAAAUCGAGACUUUCCUAUACUGUAAAAAUUCAUAAAUGACUUUUUCUUCUUAUAUGGAGCUAUAAAUUUUGGAAA